AUGUUAGAAGUUUCUGAAAACUCUAGUCCACAAUUACAAUAUACCGAUUCUAUUAUCUCCGAAGGAGGCACGGCUAAUGGUAAUGUAGAUAGGGACGUGACUUCUACAACCCCGAAUAAAACAAAAUUUCAACCCAGCAAUACUAACUUUACGCUUUUAUAUGAAAAACGUUGUGAUGCUAUAAUUCUUGCUGAUUGUAAAACCCAAGAAGCUAUCGCGUGUUAUUGCCUAUUUGGAAAGGCUCUUAUUCAAAGACGUAAUGAAAUAGCAUCGGAAAAACAAGUUGAUCCAGAAUCCAAUACUGUUGGUAGAAUUUUAAAUAAAGAAGUAAAAGCACAGUUACCCGCAGACACUUCUGAUAGCCUUUUACGUAAGAGAAUCGAAAAAGCAAAGAAGCUUUAUAAACUUUUUGAUGCAAUAGAUAAUGUGUCCUUUGAUUAUAGCAUUGAUGUGAGCCUGCCUUUGGCUGAGUUACGGGAUGAUGAGAAAAAUUCUAUAUUAACACAUGUAACCCAACUUUGUGAACUGAGUUCACGAAAAACUGUAAAUGAGGAUAAUAAUAUAAGCGAGAAAACCGAAUCUUUACUAGAGGAAGAGGUAGGUGAACCCGAUGAUUCUUUAGAUUCUAACUCAGAAUCCUCUGAUGAUGAUGGGUUCUGUGGUUUUUCCGACGAUGAUGAUGAAGGCUAUUAUUACGAUUUAAGUACCGGUGAAACUUAUAGAAAAUCGGAUCGUUCAAUCUGCGCAUAUUAA